AUGAAACGAAAGAUCUACAUGUUGUGACGUGCUAAGGUUUUUAUGUGCGUUCCGUGUCUCAAAGAUACAUUGUUAUUCAUUAUUUUAAAGUUAUUCUGUGUUUAGCUCAGAUGAGUCCAGGCAAACGAGUACCACUGUGCGAAGCGAGCGAGUCGCGUCCGGGCGUUACCGUCACUGACAUGGACACUGUCCAAGAAGAGAACGACAAUGACAGCGAUGAGUCUUCGUACUCUGAUAUUGGACAUUUAAGGGAACGCACAAAGGCAAUGCUAAAUAACGGAGUUGAAUCACUUUUACUAAAUUCGAACUCGCAGCCAAACAGCCGCCGGGUGUCAAACGACAUAGAGGCCAAGCUCGCUGCUAAUCUAAAUACAAGACGUCCUUCAGCAAUAAUAGCAGCGUUUCGCCGACCAUCGCAGGCACUAGCUUUAUGCGCAGCAACACAGAGGCGAUUCCUGUCUGAACUGACGCCGCAUUCUCGAACCUCGGUCGCUUCCACUCACGAGCCACCAGCAUCAGCAACUGAAAUCAUGGGACAUGAAGCCUUAAGUAAAGCAUUAUCUGCAUUGUAUGCGAAACUACUAGUGGUGCUCGGACUAGCUUUUCCAGUGACUGAGGUUAUUGCAAAUGGCGUACCAGACGCAUAUUAUCAGGGUUUUUACUUAUAUCUAUACUUAGUGUCUCUAUUGUUUGUAAUAUUCCUUUAUGCGAAUUUAAUACGCGAAAAGGCAUUCAACUCAAUAAUCAAUAGUCGCGAAGUAGCAGACAAGGAUGACAAAAACGGUACUGGAAAAGCAACGCCUAUUGAAAAAGUAAAGCGAAAAGAAACUAUAUCCCGUUAUGGGAGCUUUUACUUGAGACUAGGAGCUAUAGCGUUUGGUAUUGGAUCAAUGGUAUAUAGUGGCUUGGAAUUUGGAGAAUAUUUCGAAAUGACAGAUCGCUGCCGAUCAUUUCUUUCCGCUCUAACACCUGCCUUGCGCAUGACGUUAACUCUUGUUCAGAUGCAACUCAUAUUUCUGACAAAUAAGGAUAUUGGAGCCGGAAGCCACAAAAUGAUACAGAGAUUUGGAUUCAUGCAUAUGAUAGCCACAAACCUGUGCGAAUGGUUAUAUGUUCUCGUUGAGGAGACGAAACACGAAAUACACCAUCUAGAACAUACAAUGAUUACAAACUCCAACAUCAGUUAUAAUAAGACGGAGAAUUUACCAUGUAGAAGAUCUAAUAUUAUGGGAACGUUGGUACAAAAUGCGUCACCGUUUCUUUUUCCAUGCACUAUUGAAUACUCGCUCAUAUGUGCUGUCAUUCUAUACGAAAUGUGGAAAGAAGUAAAAUGUAGCCCAGAAGACUUUGAAAAAAAAUUUAGCUACCAAAAAAACAAAUCUCGCAAUAAUUCAGUGACUCCUGAAAAAAUUUUACAACAAUUUGCCGGUAUGUUAGGAGUAAGUUCACCUCACGGCAGUCGAACAGCUUUACACCACUUCUCAGUAGAUUGCUCCCACGCACAUCGCGGAUUAUUUGCUGGCAUACUUGUCAUCGUUAUUACUAUCAUAUCAUUAAUUAUGUUCUUUGUACUUGCAAGCAAUCCGAAUACAGUCCAUGAUGCAAUAUUUGAAGUAAAUAUUUGCGAAUUGAUAUUGUACUCGCUGACUUUAUUAGCUGUGGCAAUUGCACUGAAACAGAUGAGAGUACUUCCAUAUAAAAGAAAAUCUCAGGCUGUUCUGGGAUUGGAUACAUCAUUGUUGAUUCUUGCACAGUCUGGAAUGUUCGUAUAUUGCAUGUUCAGUCUUAUUGGUUGUCACCAUACCAUGAACUACAGCAACGGAGCUGGCCUCACUGGCUUCUUCUCAGAAUUCUUAUCUCUAAAUCAAACAAUCCUGCAGUCUCUGUUUAUUAUUGACGCAUGGUGGCGUCGGAGCGGAACUUCAGAACAGCGACGAAGAAAGCCAGGAAGACAACUUGUUACUUUCUUACUAGUUGCAAAUAUGGCUAUGUGGGCAAUCAACACGCUAGAAAAGAAUCGUGCGGAGUUCCGGCCUGCUCAUCUUGACUUCUACGGCCCGUGGGCGUGGACAAUCAUCACGCACGUUUCCAUGCCUUUGGCGAUAUUCUACCGUUUUCACUCAACGAUCUGCCUCUUUGAAAUUUGGAAAAAUAGCUUUAAGAACAAACCCAUUUACUUAAACAUGUUUUAAAUUUAAGAAAUAAUAAAGAAAAUACAAAAAAAUAUC